UAUAAUGUCUUUAAGAAAUAUUCAUUUGUUUCUUUUUUUGAAAGAAACUUUUAAUAGAUUAUUUAAAGAUAUGUCAGAUAAGAAUUUAUUAGAAUGGAAACAGGAUGAAACAGAAUAUCAAAAAUUACAUUUAUUUGCUUUUGGAAACAUAUUUACUCUAAAAUUUAUUACAGAACUUACAACUAUUUACAAUUGGCUUCAAUUGAUAAUUAUUAUAAAUUGUUUCAUAUUAUGUAUUAUACAUUUAAAUGUUUUUCAGAAAUCCAAAUAUUGUUAUUAUAUUGAAUUGGUGAUUGUUAUUUUACUUUGUUUUGAAGUAAUAUUAAAGGUAUUAUCUAAAGAAUUAAUGAAAUUGCUAAAAAGUUGGUGGAAUAAGAUAGAUUUUUGUGUGCUCUUAGCAAUAUUCAUAUUAAUACCACUCUCAAUGAAUAAUAUAUUAGAAGCUUAUAACAAAAUUGUGAUUGAUGUUCUUUUAAUCGUACGACUUUUUAAUAUUUUUCAAUAUGUAUUUCUUUUUAAGCUUUUAUUCAAAAAGUAUGUAAACUGGAAAAUUAAAAUUCACAUGUACAAGAGUUAUGAUUUGGGUCAAGGCUUUAUUUCUGGUCAAAAGCACAUAGAAGAAAAUUGUAACUAUUUAGUGAAUUAUAAACCAACUUCAAAAAUUAUGAAAGAAAUCAUCAGUAGUGAUAAGUAUGAGAUAAUCAAAGAAAUGGUGAAUAUUCAUCAGAAAUAUCCUGAAGUUGUAAUUGCAAUAAAAACUCAAAUUACUUGUAGGAAAGUUUUGAAUGAUGCAAUUGAUGAAUUAAUGAGUAUAAAAGAUGUUAUGCUUGAAGAACAAGAUUAUGAGCUACUUCAAAAAAUAUAACCAGUAUUGAUCCCAUACCAUUAUAUCUGCAUAUUGGUGUUGGUUUGUUAUGCAAAUCUAUAUUCUGAUAUUUUUUAAUAUGUAUUCUUUAUCCUGUAUCUAUUGAUUUUCCA